AUGCUAUUCUUUGGGCACACAGCUUACGGCCCUGAAGCAUGGGGAAAUGUUGCCAACGCGUGCCGACAAUCUAACCAAUCACCAAUCGAUAUUGUUACCAAGAACGUAGAGGCAGAUGCUUCUCUGGGAGAGCUAGAUAUCACGUGUGAUAACGAUAAAGGCCUGUUUAAUGGAAUUCUGCUUAAUGACGGACACGAACCGGUCUUAACGGUCGACAAAACACGAGGCAUCUGUAAUUUGACUGCCAUCCCUUCAUUGAACAACAAAGUUUUUCAACUUCAUGAUUUGAUCAUCCAUUUUGGAUGCGAAUCGGACAGAGGCUCAGAACAUACCGUAGACGGAAAAAAAUUCCCAGCUGAGGUAGGCCGCACUUUGGUCUUAGUUGUUAUCGAUUUGUCUGCACUAUCCUGCAGACUGGGAUUUUUCUUGCAGAGUGCUCUUUAGGUCAGUACUUAGCUUAAACUUUCUCAGCUAAAAUUUUAAUCAAACUACUCAGGUUUAUGUUGUCGGUUUCACAGCACACUGUCCUCAAUAUCUUGAAAACGAGCUCAUUUUUUUUUUGAGAAUAGUGUUCGGUGAAAGUGGCAACUUAAACCUGAGUAGUUUGAUUGCAAUAGGUCAUUUGCAAGAUGGCGUCGUUUUACUACUACGACCACAAUCCUUUUCGUUUUUCCUUUCAUAUUUAAAUUUGUAAUCCCAGCGAGGUUUAAAUAACAAAAGACCUAAUUUGCACAAGAAAGCAAAACCCUGAAGGAUUCUGGUUGUAGUAGUAAAAUGACGUCAUCAUGCAAAUGGCCUAAUGCAACUAUGCCAUGAACCUUGUUCAAUUCAGCCCUAAUAGAAAGAAUACUAUUAUAGAGCCUUUUCACUCACGUGGCUUGCACCUAUGCAAAUAUGUUACAAAAAAAGCCAGAAGUUUUUACUAAAGGUCGGUACACCAGGUGACAAGUUGCAGCAACAUGUCGCGACGACACGUCGCAGCGAAAAAUCGCUUCCUGUGUACUGGAUAAUUUUUUUUAAAAUCUAUGUCUCUGCAACAGAAUUUUGUCGCAGCAACAUGUUGCAAAAAAUAAAGACUGAAUUUGUGCGACUUGUUGCGGCGACAAAAUUCUGUUGCAGAGACAAAGAUUUUCACAAAAUUUCCGCAGUUAACACACGAAACGAUUUGUCGCUGCGAUGUGUCGCGGCAACAUGUUGCUGCAACUAGUCGCCAUACCUGUACACACGGAGUGAUCUGUCGCCGCAACUUGUCGCCUAGUGUGUAGCGACCUUAAGUAAAAGGUUCAACCUACACGAAAAAGGCGAAUCCUUAUGUUUACUUUUUUUGCCUCAUUAGCAUGAGCUUAUCAUUAUCUGAUGAAGCUAACAAAAUAGAAUCUCUAAACUAAUUGAAAUCCUCUCUAAACUUUGAAAUUCUCUUUGACGUUAAGCGGGGAAAAGUGAAUUUAGAUGGAUCAAAGGUAAGGUCAGUGGUGUAUCAUGAGUAGCAGGAAACAACAAUAUGGUUGAAAAUGAUACGUUUUCAGUCGAAACACUUUUUUAAAAAAAAUUGACAACAGAAGGCCUAAACUAGAUCGGCGGCAGCUUGGGUAGUUUCAAAUAUUUAUUAAUAAGUCAGUAAAAAAAAAAAUUUUCAUGUCUUUGCAAUAAGAGGGUGAAAUCAGUGUCUCACGCUUCAACUGCACAUGUCGAUUCAACUAUUCUGGCGAAGGAAAAAUGUAAACAACGACGUCACGAUGUAUCUACCAAUAAGAUAUGAUGUUUCAGCUUUUAAGGUUUUGGAUUCCUGUUUAGUCCACUUAGGGAUUUCCGCUUGAUGAUGAUUAUUAUUGAUGAUUAUUAUGAUUAUGAUUAUGAUUAUGAUUGAUGAUUAAGCCGUAUGCUAUUUCGUAACUUCUCAAAAUUAUACUAAGUUUUCAAACAAGAAUUAGAAGUGUAAAUGUUUUGUCUCUUUACAGUUGCAACUGAUGUUUUUCAACACGGAGUAUGGAAGUUACGAAAAUGCAGCCCCAUUGCAAGAUGGUCUAGCAGCGAUAUCAGUACUCAUUAAGGCAAGUCGAACUUAUCCCAGUUCAAAAUAGUUCUAGACCAGUGUUUCAGAGAGAUAAAACCGGCAACUCAGUAGUUAAUUACUAAUUAUUAACUACUAAUGAUUAAUUUUAGGUAGGGAAGUCCAAUAAUGAAGCUUUGGAUAGCAUUGUUGAUCAAAUGGAUGAUGUUGCAGUAGAAGGUUUGUUACUGAUGUGAAGAAGUCUUUUACAUUAAUUUUAUUGUGCAACAGGCAAAUAACUUUGUUGUCCUAGAGGUUAGAGAGGAUAUAUUUAAGCCAUGCAGUUUAGUGGGAUGUGAAUUUCGUUAUUACCGUUAUUAUCAGGCACAGAAAUCACAGAAAAUCUUCCAGAAUUUCUUGAACGAUAUCUUAAAUUACGAUCAUAUUCGAAAAAUGUUGUUAGGUAAAUUUUAGGAAAUGUCCCUUUCAAUGAUAUUGGCAAGCGAGGAUAAUGGUCCCAUUACUCUGUCUUGAUAUUGGUGAAAGCUUUUUUAUAGUUGUAAUAUGUUAUAUUCCCCGAAGGUGGAGCACUGCACCACUUCGCAUCACUAUUGAUAAAUAGGUUAAUUGUGCAAUACUUUGCUAACUAAAGGUGUAUUGAAUUGCUUUACAUGACUUAACAGGAUCAAGCAUCCCCGUUUAUACUCCAGCUGACAAUUUGACCUUGGCUGACCUUAUUCCUGACCUUGCGAAAGAGCAUGCGCCUUACUACACUUAUAGGGGCUCCUUAACUACCCCUCCCUGCUAUCAAUCCGUGCGAUGGAUUGUUAUGAAGAACCAGAUAAUGUUUACUAAAAAUCAGGUAUUUUUGUUUAGCUCGUUAUUACUCCUCCUUCUACAUAAAAAAUUUAAAAAAAUUUCUAACAUUUGCUGAUUUAGCUUGCAUUUAAUUUAAAUGAUCAUGAGCUGUAAGAUCAACAGUGAUCUGGAUUAACAAAUAUGUUUACAAAUUUUUUUACACGGAAAAAAAUCUUCAAAAGUCGUUUUUUAAGAUAAUAAUGCUAACUAUAUAUUAACUCAACGAAAGACUACAUGAAAAAAAAAAAAAAAAAACUUAAAUAAAAAAAAAAAAGAAUAAACAAGGUCAAAAAAGGAAAAAAAACAGACCAGAGGAAAGAUAAAAAAACACCACCAACCCCUUCCUAUCUUUUUUUCACCACUUGCGUUCAAAAGUCGUUUUUUAAGAUAAUAAUGCUAACUAUAUAUUAACUCAACGAAAGACGACAUGAAAAAAAAAAAAAAAAACACUUAAAUGAAAUAGAAAGAGAAUAAACAAGGUCAAGAUGGGAAGAAAUCUGGACCUGAGGAUAGUUGCAAAAACUCUUCCUUUUCUUUCUUUUCUUUUUUCACAGCUUUUGGGUUUCAAAAAACUGACUUCCAGGAAAGGCUCCGAGUGUGACAACUUUCGGCCAACCAAUCCACUGAAUGGUAGAAAAGUGGAAGCUAAUUUCUGAGAAAGUUAUUCUCUCAUACAGAUACCGAGGCUUCUUUCUGCUCUGAUGAUCAUCCCCGGUUAUAACUCCUGAGUUUUGCCCUG